UCGAAGUAUAGGGAUGAAUUCUCCGAGACUAUAUUGGAGCUUCAGGAAUUUCAGGAGAUAGAGGAGAUUCGACGCUACUGGUGGCGGAACUUCAGUAUCGAGGAGCCCUGUGAGAAGCCCGUCGCUAAGAGCACCAAUGCGCAUUCCCUAGGACAUGAGCAGAUUGGGGGGUGUUUCGUAAUGUGCCUAAUUGGCCUUGGCGCCUCUCUCUUGAUUAGUCUUCAGGAAUUCCUCUACAAAGCUUACCAUCGAUCUAGAAUUACCAAGCGUUCAUUUUGUGAAGAGGUUGCCCGAGAGUUCCGAUUCUCGAUGGCCUGUUCUAGCACUCGAGAUUUUGGCGCUGAAUCGAUCAUACCACUUCCUCCACCAUCGUCUCGUUGUGCGCCUAGUUCGAAGGAGUGCCGAAUGGCUGCUCUGGCAUACGCUCCCUGCCUGCCCGCAGCAGACCGCAUUUUAGCGAGUGCCAAUGCUGAUGCUGCAAGAAAUGGACGACCUACAUUCAAUAAUCAAUACUCUCCGAACAUUGAGGUCAUUCGUUUGACCACUCGAAUGCCAUCUACAACUACUCCCAGUGUUACACCUGCAUCCGUUGGUCACAGCCCAGGUGAAGUUGAUAAGGAGCGGCAAUUUGAAGAAAAUGUGGAAUCUGAAAGUAGUGACACAUUAAGCAGUCCGCCAAUUUACAGUCGACCACCAUCGAUGACAAGGGAAUCAGUGUUGCCAAGCCCACUGUCAUAUCAUCCACCAAUUGCAGAGAUGGACCCUCAACGACGAGCCUAUCCUUCCGAACUCGGCUACUACGGCAGUCAAAAUGACUUCCGUGUGCAGAAAUUUUCGUGUUGA